ACCUGGCUCCACAUCCUCUUCUCUUACAUCUUUGAUUUUCUCAUAUUUUCUAUUCUACCAAACACACAUUGCAUGAGAAAGCCCUAUGAAUUUUCCCGAGAGAAUCCUUUUAGAAAACUUACAUAUACUGUCACUUCAAUUCUGGAAAAUCCGUGUUUGUUGUUCUCUAUGGAGUGUUGAUAUACACAGUGUUCAUAACACCACAACUCAAUGUUAGUGUGUACAUGUGAAUCUCUCUAGGGCUUUGUAUUCAAUACAGAGAUGGUAGCAUUGAUAGGUGAUUGAACUUGGCUUUGUAGAGAAGUAAGCAAUUGUAGGCAAAGACACUGUGAUUAGAUUUUUCUUUUGGUAGCGUUUUUUUUCGUAGAAAAAUGGACUCAGAAAAUCAAGAUCGGUGUUCCCCGGGAAGGUCGGAACCGGAUGAGACCUCUGAAGGAACUCAAAAACAGUCAAGGAUUUCAUAUGCAAGGGAUUUUCUUUUAUCUUUAGCUGAGCUAGAUGAAUGCAAAAAUUUACCAAGUGGAUUUGAUUCAUCCCUCCUAAGUGAAUUUAAUGAUCCUAUCAGUGGCAUGUCAGAAUGUCAAAGAGUAGCUUCUAAUCAGUCAUUGCAUAGUUUCAAGAGCAGUGUAUAUGCUUCAUCACAGUCCAACCAUAAUUCAGAUUCUGGACAGCAGAACGUUAAACAAUAUCGACGUCCUUGGCAAAAAUUUCAGUAUGAUGGGGUUUUGGGAAAUGUUGCUUUUCCAAGAGUAUAUGCAGGUGCAUCUAGGGCUUCAGCUCCAACAGCUCAAGGAAGUGGUCUUUAUCAACUCAAUAGACAUAAAGAACCAUACUGUCCUUUACGCCCUUUUGAGUUUGUAUGUGGCUUAGGGAAGCAGAAUAUAGACUUGUACAAUGAUGAAACCUUUGGCUCUGCUGAGUAUCUAGAUCGUGAGACAGCAGAGGAAGAAAAGAGAAGAGUUUCAUUUGAGUUGAUGAGGAAGGAACAGGAAAAACCAAUUCAAGAGCAGAAGAAACAAAAUGAUGAUGGACAUAAAGAAAAUUUUGACCCAGAUAAUAGCACACUACUCAAGGAUUCUGCAAAUGAUAAUAGUAUAGUGAAUACAAUCAAUGGAUCAGAGGAGUGUCUGAUACUGCCAGCUUCAACUAAUGAUCCUGCAGAGGUUUCUCUUCCUGCACGGCUUCCUGCAUCCAGACCUGUUAUACCCCCAGGUUUUUCCAACAAGAUCCUGGAGAAGAAUCUUGGAACAAAACCCUUAGCCCAUUCCCCUUUAUCAGAGCAUGAUGAUGCUAAAGCUGAAUGCCCUGGGAGCUCCAUGGUACAUUCUUCCAAUUUUGCUCAUCUGCUUUGUGAAGAAGAGAAGAAACCAGCUGUAGUUAUCUUGUCUAGUAAAGAGAAAGGUGGAACCCAAGUGUCUGGAGUGAAGACAGCAGAAGUCAAUGAUCGCAACUUUCCAAACUUUUUUUCUGAAAUAAAUCAACUUACCUGCAAACCUAUAAUACCUACCUCGACUUUUGGUACAGAGGGAAUCUCUGGGCAGUUAGUUAGUUGCAAUAAACCUUCUGUUACUCCAGCAGUUCUUACAUGUGAGGACCUUGAACAAUCUAUUCUCUCUGAUAUGAAGGAAAAUAAUUCAACUCAGAAUCAUUCUGUGCAAAACUGGAGUCUUUAUGCAAAGGAUGACCAACCAAAUUCUGCCAAUGAUAAUGGCUCAUCUCAGUAUCUUCUUUCUUUAUUACAAAACGAGGUGAGCCUGAAAGAUCUGGCGGCAGCUCCCAAUAAGUUUUCUCAUCCAGCUGUUGAUAAAUGUGGUAGAUCCAUUGUGAUUAGUUCUGAAGACAUGGUGGCCUCAGAGUUUUCUAAGCUGGGUGAGUUUAAUUUGAUAGAGGGAACUCGAACAGGCUCUGAAGGCUUUGAUGGAAAAGAUGGUUCAACAAUUGAAUUAUGUCUGCCUGAAGAGGACAGUUUGAUUACAGUGGAUGAUCCGAUAAUCCCUCAAUACUCCAUGUUUAAGCCCACUUGGAAUUCACUUGAACCAAAUUUUACUACACCAGCUGAUAAUAUUGCUGUACAACUAGCAGAUCUAAAUCAUGUCCUCGGUGAUGAAAGAUCUGCCAUACCAAGUUUGGAAGGUUCACCUUUCCUUCGUUCUUUGUGUGGCAUAAUGGGCUCAGAGACUCCUUAUCAUGAUCUGCAUGCACAGAAAUCUUACCCACAAUUUCAACACUCUCGAAUGGAUCCACAGAGGCCAUCUAAUUUUCUGUUAGAUUCUCCUCAACUGAGUUCUCAAACCAGGUCCAUGGGUUGGAAAAACUAUCGCCAUAGUCCUCGAACCCCCCAUUACACCUCUGAGAAUGUUCAUCCCCAAUCUUUUGCCUACACUCCUGCAGCGCCAACAAGGUUUGAUUAUCCAGUUCAUAAUUCAUUACAACACAUGCCAGAUGGUUUUCCUGUUAAUCAACCUAAGUUGAAUUUGCAAAGGUUUCCCCAACAUCAUCAGCAACCUAGGUAUGGGGGCUUUGGAGUGGCAAAUACAGCUCCUGCUGUUCGUGGAAAAAGCAAUUCAGGUGCAUUCCAUAGGCCCAUUGAGAUGGUAUCAAGAGCAAGGCAGAGGUACCCUUAUGCUGUGGAUGAGACAUUCAAUAUACCCAGUGAGAUGCACCCCUUUGCCAUGGGUGCAACACUCAAUAAGCCCAUGGAAACAGAACAGAGUGCAAAGCAGAUGCACCCUUUCACUGUGGAUGCGGCAUUCAACAUGCCCAUUGAGAUGGAAAGGAGAGGGAGGCAGAUGCGCCCUCUUACUCCCCGUGUCCGUGGUCAAGGGACCUAUAACAAGCAGUUCAAUAUGGGAUUUUGGAAUGGACAGUAGGAUGAAAUUGGCAGGUAACGGGGUUGCAUUGAUCACAACUCCUUGCAGCAAUGCUUAUAUUAAUCUAGCUAAUUUUCAAGACUCUUUGCAAGACAAUAGUUGGAACUGGGUUGGUUAUGUGGAUAGAUAAACCGAAACAAUGAGGGAACUCUUUCUCACAAGUCCUUCCCCUAGUGUUUAUAUUGAAUUACCUAAUUUUCCAGACUGUUGCAACAUAGUUAAGCAUUUAGUGUUUCCUUUGCAGAUAACCAUUAGUGUAGUUAUGGGUAUAGAGACACAAUGAAAAAAAUAAGAAGAGGAACUCUUUUUCAUAACCCGU